UGUGCCUCCACAACACAACACCCAAAAAAAUGGCCCCAGAAUCCGACCGGCAAAGCCAAAGGCCCCACGCCAUUUUCAUUCCGUACCCUCUCCAGGGCCACGUCAUCCCCUCCGUCCACCUGGCCACCCACCUGGCCUCCCGUGGCUUCACCAUUUCUUUCGUCAACACCCACGCCAUCCACCACCAGACCUCCAACGCCCACUCCGCCGACGUGGACGGCGAUAUCUUCUCCGGCGUACGGAAGUCCGGCCUCGACGUCCACUACAGCACCAUCUCCGACGGCCUCCCCGUUGGGUUCGACCGGUCCCUGAACCACGACCAGUUCAUGAGGUCGCUGCUGCACGUGUUUUCGGCCCACGUGGAAGAGGAGGUGGAGAGAAUCGUGAAGACGGCGUCGUCGCGAGGAGAGGCUCCGGUGACGUGUCUGAUUGCGGACACGUUCUUCGUGUGGCCGUCGAAGGUUGCGAAGAAGUUUAACCUGCUCUAUAUUUCUCUGUGGACUGAACCGGCCUUGGUUUUUACGCUGUAUUACCACUUGAAUCUUCUUCGCCAAAACGGCCAUUUUGCAUGCCAAGCGUUCAUAUAUGCUCUGGUCCUGGCCCACCCCGCAAUCGGAGGGUUCCUCACCCACUGCGGAUGGAACUCCAUUUUGGAGAGCAUUUGGUGCAACGUACCACUGCUCUGCUUUCCUCUGCUUACGGACCAGUUCACGAAUCGGAAGCUGGCCGUGGAGGAUUGGGCGGUUGGGAUUAAUCUCAGAGAUGGACGGCAGAUAUCCAAGGAGGGGGUUUCCGAGAAGAUUAAGCGUCUCAUGGAUGCAAAAUCAGGGGCUCCAUAUAGGGACGCAGUCACACAAGUGAGGAAGACGUUGGAAAAUGCUGUGAAACCCAAUGGAUCAUCCGACAGAGGCAUGAACCAAUUUAUCAACGAUCUCAACGCCACAAUCUCAAACGAAUGUGGGGCCAAAUUGGCGGAAGAUCACAUCAAAUCAGUCAACAAUGGGUUCUAAAUUUACCUCCAAAACCAUGCUCAAACAAUCUGUUAGUAUAAUGAUUCGAAUUUUGCUUGCUUGCCGGCCGUGUUAAAAUAGAGCUGGGCUUCACCAGUGUCUUUCAGUUUGCUCAUUCUGUUGUAAUUAGUUUCAGUGGUUGUUUAAUUAUUUGAUGUUAUUAGUAGUCAACACACUGUAGCUUCAGUGUGAAUGAAUAUAGGAGUUUUUCCUCCACCCAAAAUAUAAUAUCUUGAUGCUCUUCUGUAAUACAUUUUUAAUUAAUGAAACAGAGACUUGAGCUUCCCCUGUAA